AUGGGAAAGGAAGAGCACCUCGGGAGCCAACAGGGUUUCCUGGUGCCCCUGCCAGAGCUUUCUUCUAUAUUCUUUAGAGAUCACUGUUUCAGGAGCUGCAGCGGUCAUUCAUAUGUAAGAAAGAAUUGGCUUGGAUCCAUUGUCUUCCCCUUCUCUGCUCUUCUGCAACAAUCUGAGAUUAAUGGAACAUUCCAAGUAAACAUUCCACCAGUUUUGCUUGGGUAUACUUGGAGUAAGACUUACAUGACUCCUAAAGAAGAUUAUAAUGGGCAAAAUUUAAAAGAAUGUACCUUUUUAAAUAUUUUUGCUACCAUUGAACCUCAAAUAUCAUAUGUCACCUGUAAUCCAGAACCAGACAAGUUUUCAGAUCAUAUAGAUGUUUUGGAGAGAGCACACAUUUUUACAAAAAAUUGUAAGGCGCUUUUUCCCAACCGAAGAAUCAUAACAACUGUUUUUAAUGAUGACGGGAUGCAGAUCUUAGUAACAAGAUACAUCAAGGCAUUAAAUCCACCUCAGCAGCUCCUGGAUAUAUUUCUUCAUGAUUCUAAUGCAACACUUGACCUCAUAGCUCAUUUUGUAUCUUUGAUUCCUGUUAUGCCUGAUACACUGGAUGAAAAUGAUGGUUUUGAUAUAUGGAUGACAUCAGAGCACUGCAUCAGUUUGGCUAUUGGAAAUAAGGAGGAGCAUGCCAUACUUCUCUGUAAUUUCUUUUUGUAUUUCGGAAAGAAAGCUUUGGUCCUCCUGGGAACCUCAAUGUUAGAAGGGCAUGUGGCUUAUGUAUUAACUCAUGAAAAUGAUGAAUAUUUGCUUUGGAAUCCACUAACUGGACAGUGUCAUAAGCAGUUUGACCCAUUUUGUCCUUUACAAAGUGUAGACUGUUUGUUUGAUGAUAGAAAUGUCUGGUUUAAUAUUCAACAAAAUAAUACACCAAUGGCUGUAUAUUUUGACUGUUCAAAGGAAAGUUUCUGGAAACAGUUGCUUCCAAAAAAUGUUCAAGGGACACACGCACAAAGCAUACAGCCUGAAGAAAUAAUUUAUUCUGAUACUAAUAAAAGCAUGGUAGACGAUCUAAAGAACAGGAUUGAAAGGACUCUGAAAUGUAAAAUUAUGGAAUGGCGACCUAAGCAGCCAACACGUUGGAAUCGACAGUGCACUUUUAUUUUGCGACAAAUUCUUCCUAAGCUAGAACUUGGCCUUGGAAGCUUUGUUUCCUCUGAAGAAGAGAGUGAAUUUGAAAGACUACUACAAUUUUAUUGGAUUGCAGGAUUUCCCAUCCAGAUGUCAUACACUGAUGUGCAGUCAGUGGUUGACGCCGUGUAUCAAACUGGAACCCACUCCUCGGAACUUCCCCAGACAGAAUUUGCUCUCGCUGUAUACAUUCACCCAUACCCAAACAACAUAUUAUCUGUGUGGGUCUACUUGGCCUCCUUAGCUCGACAACAGUGAAAAGGAAGAAGGGAAAGGAAGAAUUGUACCAUGGGCCCCCUGACCAGAGCAACCAGAACUUUCCCCGGUACUUUGGGAUUUUGCUUCUUAACCUCAAGUCUAGCCAAGUGUGAACCCACUUUUUGGUUCACUUAUAGAGUUGGGCACCAUGGAAACUCACUCCCUGAGUUUUUGAGGAUGAGUCUAGAUGACCUCCUCACCAGACGCCUCUUCAAGGAAGACCCUUUGAGAAGUCGUGGUGGCCUUG